AUGGCGUCUUUGGCAAACCUCAUCCACGUACCCCUCAACCCCCUUGACCAUAUCCCGCCUCAGAAUUAUGUGAAAAUUGGCCUGUAUCUGCCCCUCCGCCCAGGUGUCCGUGCCGAGGAUGCGUUUCUGGAUCUGCAAGAUGGGUUGCACCGCAGCUUUGUGCAGAUUCCCUGGCUGGCCGGUAAAGUCUACUGGCAGCAUCAGGAUACUCCCGGUUGGCGACCUAGCCAGCUAGAAAUCCGAUACAACCCUAUAGCCCCAGAUAGCACACGACCCUACCAACUCAAGUUUCACGUACUCGAUGCUUCGUAUGAAGAUCUUCAAGAUCGAGGGUUCCCGACCGAUGAGUUCUCUGAUGAAGAUCUACUCUGGGCACCCUUCUUUGCCGACAUCAAUGCCGGCGCGGAGGUCUUCGUUGCGCAAGCCAACUUCAUGGAAGAUGGAUGUCUACUCACCAUGUCAACAUGUCACCCAUCUGCCGAUGGCACCGCCAUGAUAACCAUCCUAAAACUAUGGGCGCAAAACUGCCGCCGUCUUCAUGGAGAGACAGACGAAGAGCCGGCAUUCGACAUCGCCCCCGAGAGCUCCGAUCGCAACCUUGUGGAUCGACUGUGGAGUGAGGAACGAAACACCCAUUUGAAGGAAGAAAUGAACCCCGCAGCAUGGCAUAUGGUUGGUCUGGACCAUCCCAAUGAUGUUGAAUCUAUUUCGGCUUCAUCCCCACCGCCCCCGGUGCCACCACCCGAGACCCCAUCACGCGUCAUGCGCUCAGCUGUCUUUUACAUACCCGCGGAGCGCUUCACAGCCCUGCGCACCCAAUGCUCUAAGGACAAUGGUGGAACAACUGAUCUCUCGAGCAAUGAUAUUCUGACGGCUCUAAUAUGGCGCAGCCUGAUGACGGCGCGACAGGCCGUGUGA